CCCUUGUCGUCUCAUGAAGAGAAUCCGGAAAGAAUGGAACGAGCAGAGGGAGCUAGCUCUGGCGGCGGAGAAGGAGCACGAUACGUACUGAAACCGGCACCGCUAAACAACGAAGACAUAAUAUUCUGCGUCGACGUCGAUGCAGAAUCGCUCGUGGAGAUGAAGACGACGGGAGCCGACGGGAAGCCGGUCACCAGAUUGGACGCGAUCAAGCAGGCCAUCCUUCUCUUUGUAAACGCGAAGCUUGCUAUCAAUCCCGAUCACCGCUUCGCCUUUGCCACCCUUUCCAAAUCGGUCUCUUGGUUACGGAAGGAGUUCAGCAGCAAUGUUGAGUCUGCAAUUUCUGCACUUCGAGUGCUUGUGGCUACUUCUCCCCCUUCUGGUCAAGCGGAUAUCACCAAUCUAUUCCGCUUAGCAGCUCAUGAAGCAAAGAAAUCUCAUGCACAGGACCGGAUUUUGAGAGUGAUUCUUAUAUACUGCAGAUCAUCUGUGAAACCACAAUUCCAAUCACCUGUGAACCAGAAACUCUUUACAAUGGAUGUGAUGUACCUCCAUGACAAGCCUGGACCAGACAACUGCCCUCAGGAAGUCUAUGAUGCACUUGUUGAGACCCUCGAACAUGUUAGUGAGCACGAAGGUUACAUCUACGAGAAUGGGAAGGGUCUAGCUCGUGUCCUCUUCCGUCACAUGUCAGUGCUGUUGGCACACCCUCAACAACGCUGUUCUCAGGAGUACAUGGAUGCAGUUAUACCCAAGCCUCUUACGAAGAAGGCACCAAUAACUGAAUCAGGAAAUGGCAAAGGCAGAAGUCCUGUAUCCAGCCAGUGAGAGUAUCAAGUAUCUAUUACCACCAUAUCAGGGCAUGGAUAAUUUUCCAUGUCUCCUUAAUUCAUGUAGCAAGUACUUGGUUGACAAUUUCGGAUUGAAACAGUGGAAGCGUAUCUUGAAUUAGAUUAAGAUGCUCUCCGAAAUCAGAAUCAAAGAUUAUGGUGUGUAUUUCUAUGUAUGACACCCACUUCAUUUGGAGGCUGAUUCCACCGGAAUCAAUAAUUAAUCCUUAA